CACAGCUCUGCACCCAAGGAUAUUGGCACAAGAGAGCUGCCCAGAGUUCCUGUUGCCAGCCGGUUCCUCCAUCGUCCACCAGGAUGAUCCUCCUUCCUUCCUUCCUUCUUAUCCUCGCCUGCCUGUCAGGGUCCUUUGGUUAUGAAGAUCUCUGGAACAAGGUCUUUGCAUUCCCAGCACCCUCAGCCACGGCCGCCGUGGUUCUCCACAUCUCCAACCAGCAACCCUUGACCAAGUUGACCGUCUGCUUGAGAUACUACACCCUCCUGGCCCGUCCGUACGGCCUCUUCUCUUACGCCACCCGCUCCAGCGACAACGAUUUCCUGAUCUUCAAGAACCAACCCAACGAGUAUUCCAUUUACAUCGGUGGUUCAGCGGCAAAUUUCAAGGUCCCUGAGAAGGAGAAACCGAGCUGGGACCACAUCUGCGUGUCCUGGGAUUCCAGCAACGGGCUAGUCCGGUUGUGGCUGAACGGAGAACCCCUCCCUCGACAGGGACUGAAAAAGGGUUACAGCAUCAGCCCCGAGGCCUCCAUCGUGGUGGGGCAGGACCAGGAUAACUUCGGAGCGGGCUUUGACAUCAACCAGUCCUUCGUGGGGGAGAUUUCGGAAGUCAACCUGUGGCCCCGGGUGCUGAGCCCUGCUGAGGUUAGGUUGUCUAAGAACAACGUGGUGGUUUCUGGCCCUCUGCUUAACUGGGGGUCCCUGAGCUACAUCAAGAGUGAGGUCUUUGUGGAGGAUUUCCUGGCUCCCCAAAAUGCGUGCAUCUGAGAAAGGAAGGAAGGAAGGAAGGAAGGGAAAAAGAAAGAAAAAAGGAAAGGAAAACAUUUUCUUUGGGGGGGAAAAAAUCUGUACUUCUGUAAUAGCUCAAGUGGCUGUUAAUGAAUUACAGGCAGGCGAUCCA